AUGCCCUCUGUGCCUUUGGCCGUGUUCACCACACGCCAUGGCUCCCUCGCCGGGCCUGACGAGAAGACGUAUGACCGUUUAAACAAACACAGGCACUCAAUGGCCUCUCUGUCUGCGCGGCUGUGCAGCAGGGCUUUCCUUUAUGUGUCCCCUUUCUGUUUUCUUGCAGUUCUACGAGACGACUUUAGACAAAACCCUGCAGAUGUGAUCGUGGCGGCCGGAGAGCCAGCGGUGCUGGAGUGCAUGCCCCCACGUGGACAUCCUGAACCCACCAUCUCCUGGAAGAAAGAUGCCGUGAACAUCGACGACCGAGACGAGAGGAUCACUAUACGCGGCGGGAAGCUGAUGAUCACAAACGCCCGGAAGAGUGACGCUGGGAAGUACGUGUGUGUCGGCACAAACAUGGUCGGAGAACGUGAAAGCGAGAUAGCUGAACUUACAGUGCUCGAGCGGCCCAGCUUUGUGCGUCGCCCCGGCAGCCAGGUGGUGUUAGUGGACCAGAGCGUGGAGUUCCGGUGUGAGGCCCGUGGUGACCCAGUUCCCACCGUGCGCUGGAGGAAAGACGACGGUGACCUGCCCAAAGCAAGAUAUGAGAUUCGCGAGGACCACACCCUGAAGAUCCGUCGUCUGACCUCGGCUGAUGUGGGCUCCUACACCUGCGUGGCCGAGAACCUGGUGGGCAAGGCGGAAGCCUCGGCCACGCUCACCGUCCACGUUUUUUCCUUGCCCCCGGCAUUUGUGGUGAGACCAAGGAACCAGGUGGUUGGGGUUGGCAGAACCGUGACUUUCCAGUGCGAGGCCACUGGAAACCCGCAGCCGGCCAUUUUCUGGCAGCGGGAAGGCAGUCAGAACCUGCUCUUCUCCUCCCAGCCUCCUCAGCCCUCCAGCCGAUUCUCUGUAACCCAGACUGGGGAUCUGACGAUCACUGACGCCGAGCGCUCAGACGUGGGAUAUUACAGCUGCCAGGCCCUCAACAUCGCUGGCAGUGUCAUCACCAAAGCUCUGCUGGAGGUCACCGAUGUUGUGUCGGACCGCCCGCCGCCGGUCAUCCGCCAAGGCCCGACCAAUCAGACGGUGGCCGUGGACGGCACGGUGGUUCUCAACUGUAUGGCAUCGAGUAACCCCACACCCACCAUCCUCUGGAGGAAGGAUGGAGUACUGGUGUCCACUCACGACUCCAGGGUCAAACAGCUGGACACCGGUGCUCUGCAGAUCCGCUACGCAAAGCUCGGUGACACUGGCACCUACACCUGCAUCGCCUCCACCCCCAGCGGCGAGGCCUCGUGGAAAGCUUAUUUAGAGGUUCACGAGUUUGGAGUUUCAAUCCAGCCAAACAGACCCACUGACCCCAACCUGAUCCCCAGUGCCCCGUCCAGACCUGAGGUCACCGACGUCACCCGCACCUCCGUCACCCUCUCCUGGAAGCCCAACCUUAACGCCGGGGCCACGCCCACCUCCUACAUAAUAGAGGCCUUCAGUCAUGCAUCAGGGAGCAGCUGGCAGACCUUGGCGGAGCAUGUGAAAACUGAGUCAUUUGUACUGAAGGGCCUGAAGCCCAGCGCAGUCUACCUCUUCUUAGUGCGGGCAGCCAAUGCCUACGGGCUGAGUGAUCCCAGCCCCAUCACUGAAGCUGUGAAAACCCAAGACAUCCCCCCCACCAGUCAGGGUGUGGACCACCGUCAGAUCCAGAGGGAGCUGGGGGACGUGCUGAUCCACCUGCACAACCCCACCAUCCUCUCCUCCUCGUCUGUCAGGGUGCAGUGGACAGUGGAGCAGCAGUCUCAGUACAUCCAGGGCUACAAGGUGAUGUACAGGCCGUCACCGGAGGGGCUGCAGAGGAGCGAGUGGGCCGUGUUCGAGGUGCGCACGCCCGGGGAGGACAGCGCCGUGGUGCCACAGCUCCGGAAGGGAGUCACAUAUGAAUUCAAACUCCGCCCCUUCUUCAAUGAAUUCCAGGGAACAGACAGCGAUGUGAAAAUUGGCAAGACGCUGGAGGAAGCCCCCGGCGCCCCCCCUCGUGAGGUUACAGUGACGGAGAGUGGGGACAAUGGGACCGCCAUCGUGGUCUCCUGGCAACCCCCUCCGGAAGAGGAACAGAAUGGGGUGGUCCAGGAGUACAAGAUUUGGUGUUUGGGGAACGAGACUCGGUACCACAUCAACCGUACAGUCGACGGCUCAACCUUAUCCGUGCUGAUCCCCAGUCUGGCCCCGGGGAUCCGCUACAGCGUGGAGGUGGCGGCCAGCACCGGGGCGGGUCCUGGGGUCAAGAGCGACACCACCGUCUUCCAGCUCGAUGCUUCUGGGCGGAUGACGGACGCCGACGCCCCAGAGAACCCCCUGUCCCAGCAGAUCUCCGACGUGGUCAAGCAGCCGGCCUUCAUAGCCGGCAUCGGAGCCGCCUGCUGGAUCAUCCUCAUGGUCUUCAGCAUCUGGUUGUACCGACACCGCAAGAAGAGGAACGGCCUCUCCAGCAGCUACGCAGGCAUCCGCAAAGUGCCGUCCUUUACUUUCACACCAACCGUGGCAUAUCAGAGAGGUGGAGAAGGUGUGAGCAGCGCCGGAAGGCCUGGUUUGCUGAACAUCGGGGAAUCUGCCACUCAGCCCUGGCUGGCGGACACGUGGCCCAACUCCUGCUCCAACCACAACGACUGCAGCAUGAACUGCUGCACGGCUGGCAACGGGAACAGUGACAGUAACUUGGCCACGUACAGCCGACCAGCCGACUGCAUCGCCAAUUAUAACAACCAGAUGGAAAACAAGCAGACCAACCUCCUGGUGCCGGAGUCGGGAGUCUACGGGGAUGUGGACCUGUCCAACAAGAUCAAUGAGAUGAAGACCUUCAACAGCCCCAACCUGAAAGACGGACGCUUUGUGGGUCCGGGGGGCCAGCCGACGCCUUACGCCACCACCCAGCUCAUCCAGUCCUCCAUCAUGGGCAACAAUAUAAACUCGGACAGAGGCCCCGGAGGGAUCGGAGGUGGGCCCGGGGGCGGAGGGGAGCUGAACGAGAAGCACUGCUGGAAGCCCACCCCGGUCCAGCAGCAGCAGCAGAAGCAGGAAAUGGGCUCGCAGCUGCAGUACAUCAUCAUGGAGCAAAACAAGCUGAACAAGGACCGCUACAGAGGAGGAGACAGUCCUAUGCCGGCCACCAUCCCCUACAACCAGACCCAUGACAGCCACACUGGGGGCUCCUACAACAGCUCCGACCGAGGCAGCAGUAGUACCUCCGGCAGCCAGGGCCAGAAGAAGGGAAUGCGCACCCCCAAACUACCCAAACAGAGCACAAUGAACUGGGCUGACCUGCUGCCCCCUCCCCCUGCUAACCCACCCCCCAGUCGGAGCAUGGAGGAGUACUCUCUACCGAUGGAAGAAAGCUGUGACCCAGACAUGCAGUGCCCCAUGCCCCCCUCGCACAUGUACCUGCAGCCUCACGAGCUGGAGGAGGAGGAAGAGGAGAUGGAGAGGGGCCCCACUCCUCCCAUCCGGGGGGCGGCAUCUUCCCCGGCUGCCGUGUCUUACAGCCACCAGUCCACGGCCACGCUCACCCCCUCGCCCCAGGAGGAGAUGCGGCCGAUGCUCCAGGACGCGGCCGACAGCCACGAACGCAGGCGCCGUGGUGUAAGCCCCCCAGCGCCUCAAAGACCCCUCUCCCCUUCACACACAUAUGGGUACAACUGCAGCCCGCUUGCCUUGGACACGGACGGCAUGGAGGAGGACGACAUACUGGAGGAAGAGGAAGAGGAGGAGGACGACACAGAUGCAGAGGUGGCCAAGAUGCACUACCACCACACCCACCCCCACACACACACACACCCUCACCACCCCCAAAUGCACCCGCGAAGGCUGCUGCUACGGGGGCUCGAACAGACGCCGGCGUCCAGCAUGGGCGACCUAGAGAGUUCAGUGACCGGCUCUAUGAUCAACGGAUGGGGGUCGGCCUCUGAAGAGGAUAAUGUCUCUUCGGGGAGGUCUAGUGCAGUCAGCUCUUCAGACGGAUCCUUCUUCACUGAUGCUGACUUUGCCCAGGCGGUCGCUGCAGCUGCAGAGUAUUCAGGCGUCCGAGUGGCCAAGUACCCCAACACACGGCCAGGAGGUUGGAGGAGCCACCGUCCAGGCAGCCCGGUGUCCACAGACAGUAACAUGAGUAUGGCCGCGGUUCACAGGAGGCCUCCUAAAAAGCAGAAGCAGCCUCCUGCAGUCCAUCCAGGCAACCAGAGACGUGAUCCCUACAAUGAAGAUCUCCCCCCUCCUCCCAUCCCUCCUCCAGCAGGGCUCAAGUCCCCCACACAUCCCUCCAAGGCAGCACUGGAGGGCCGGGGGGUGGUGUCCCCCAAAACAGGCGAGGGUCGAGACAAGCGAGGAGCGACGGGAGGCUACCGGCCCCGAGAGGGUUCGGACCCCAGAACCAGCUCCUCUGAACGCAAGGAGGCUCAGGAGAGACAGAAGACUUCUCACGGAGAGAAAGGGAAUAGACACGAGAGUAGCACUGCCAGCAAGGCACGCCAACAUGCAGGUCCAGAGGACAUUCUGCCCUACAACAGACCCCAGUUCCCCACAGUCAACAGCACCCGAGACCCGAGCUCCUCCAGCUCCAUGUCCUCUCGGGGCUCAGGGGGCCGGCGGAGAGGAGAGGGAGGCCGCAGGAACCAAGCAGACAUGGGCCUCAUCACCACGGGGGCCUUACAACCAGGAGAUGAAGAGCUAGAGAUGGCAGAGAGCUGAAGAUCCACGGAGACAAGAGGAGGAGCUGUCCUGAUUUUUCCAAGAGUGAAGCACCAUUGUUUCUCUUACAUUUUUAAAUAUCUCAGUAUUUCACCGUCAUGUUUGCUGCCAUCAUACUGUACAUCAGUAGUGUUUCUUUACAUCUGGAAAUCAGACCUAUGUUUUUUUUUUCUUUUUUUUUCUAACUAUUCAUUUUCUAUGUCCAUUUGACAAAAAAAAAAAAGGCGAGCGUGUGUGAAGAUAGAAGAACGGUGCAUUCAAAAACUAAAAUACGCAGUAGUAUAUUUAUGUUUUAAUUCCAAUGCAAUAUGGAGUGAUAUCUGACUCCAGACAUUGACAUGACUCGGCUUGACAAGAACUUUGCAGAGCCCAUCACAGUCACAUGUUACUGUAAUAAAAAUAGCUGCAAGCAGAGGUGGACUGUAAAUAUACGUGUAUACAUGAUGUCCUCUUGUUUUACCCACUGUGGUACCUCGAAUUUGUCUUCCUUUGUUUUUUUUCGCGAAUUCUAAUUUUAUUAUGCCAGUAAAUAUAAAUAUUAUUUUAUCAUUUCCAUUCAUGUUGUAAAUUGCAAUAUUAUUUAGCUGCCCCCCCCCCAAGAAAGUGCCACUUUGGGAUUAUUCUUCUUUUUUUUUUUCUCUCUCUCUCUUUUCUUUUUUUGUUGUUUUUGUAAUGCACUGUUAUGUUUCGUGUUGUCGUCAACGUUUGUCAUUUUGUUUUACUUUGGUUUUAAAAGCACAAUCACUAAACUUUAUUUUAAACCAUUCUAUCUAUUAACCUUUUUGUCUUACUGGAGGAAAACAGGUACGACAAGAGAGUCUAGUUAAUCCUGAUGAUGGUGAUGAUGAUGAUGUAGGUAAAGGUUGCUGUUUACGAAGGCUGUGCUUGAAAGGAGACUCCUUUCAUUUUGAUUGUCUCCCUCUCCGGUUCUGACGCUAGCUCCAGUGAAAAAAACUAAAAACAGACAGUUAAUGUGAGUCAUAGCUGCAAUGUAAAUAUCUUUUUCGCAUUGACCAUAAACUCAGCUAUUGCACAUUAAUGGAAAUGGUUACGUCGUCUACUAAUGCACUUAAAUGAAUUUCAAAUACAGGAAAUAAAGAGUCACUUUGGGAACCUGGAGAGGUUGUUAUUGGACAAGAAGGGUCUCUUUUCUCGAGAAGGCAGUCGCCUCCCUGUCUUUGAGAAGAAAGGUGCUGUUGUUUAUUCAUAGAACAUCUGCAAACAUUUGUUUCGUAAAGCAAAAAAGGAAAAAGAACUACAAAAAAAAAUGAUGAAUAAAAAGUUCAAACUA